UCAUUGAAUCCUGUCUUUAUUUGUUAUAUCUAGUAUAAACUUUACCAUCUUUACUUGAUAUAAAUGAUUUCCCUCAUGCUAACCAGAGGGAUUUGGGAGAGGAAGAUAGCAGGUAUGUUGCUAGUGUGUUCUCAGCUUUUCUAGAAGGUAGACAUGCUGCCCUGCUCCUUCUCUGAUUUUAAAUUGACACUUUGAAGGACUUGGGGAGGUGAUAGCAGAGGGAGUCAAGGAUGUUUCUUCCUUUGCAUGCCUUUACAUGAGGUGUCACUGUUUUCUUUGCUCUCUCUUCUGUAAUCAUUCAAGGUGCCCUCGGAGUCCUUCUUGGAAAAGCUUUGCUGGAACUGGACAACCCAAGCAGGGCAGUUAUGAGCCAGCUGUGUUGUAAGGAGAAAGCAAAUAAAGUAGGAUUGUUAAGCCUGGAAAAGACCACCAAGGAGAAUUAUGACAGAUAUGCAAAACUAUGUGUGAUGUGGACAAGUUGAGUAAAAAAGGAAUUAAGCAGACAGAGGGAAGUUUUCUGUGGAGAGCUGCACUGAGCUGACCUCAUUGCCUCAUGUUGCUGUCUCUGCCUUGCUGCAGGAAAGGGGCUUCAGGACUGGUGAAAGCCUUGGGCUGGGAGUGAGUUUUUCCCCAAGAUGUGGAACAGUGAAGCGUGUCUGGGGACAACAGAGCACAUGUUGGAGGAGGGGACAAAUGGAAAACAUCUGGAGGUGACUCUCACUGGAAGGAUAUGUGUCACAAAGAUGUCUACACGGAACUGCCAGGGAAUGGAUUCAGUGAUCAAACCUCUGGAUACAAUUCCUGAGGAUAAAAAAGUUCGGGUUCAGAGGACACAGAGUAGUUUCGAUCCAUUUGAGAAGCCAACUAAUCAAGUGAAGAGGGUUCACUCAGAGAACAACGCUUGCAUUAACUUCAAAACUUCAUCUGCAGGGAAGGAAUCACCUAAAGUCAGGCGGCACUCCAGCCCCAGCUCUCCUACAAGCCCUAAGUUUGGAAAAGCAGACUCAUAUGAAAAACUGGAAAAACUAGGGGAAGGGUCCUAUGCUACAGUAUACAAAGGAAAAAGCAAGGUAAAUGGAAAGCUGGUGGCAUUGAAGGUGAUUAGAUUACAAGAAGAGGAAGGAACCCCAUUUACUGCUAUCAGGGAAGCUUCUCUUUUGAAAGGAUUGAAACAUGCAAACAUUGUGCUGCUUCAUGACAUCAUUCACACCAAGGAGACCUUGACACUUGUGUUUGAAUAUGUGCACACUGAUUUAUGUCAGUACAUGGACAAACACCCUGGAGGGCUUCAUCCAGAGAAUGUGAAGUUAUUUUUAUUUCAGUUGCUGCGAGGACUGUCUUACAUCCACCAGCGUUACAUUUUGCACAGGGACCUGAAACCACAGAACCUUCUGAUCAGUGACACGGGGGAGUUAAAGCUGGCAGACUUUGGUCUUGCAAGAGCUAAAUCAGUUCCUAGUCAUACAUAUUCCAAUGAAGUGGUAACCCUAUGGUACAGGCCUCCAGAUGUCCUUCUGGGAUCAACAGAAUAUUCCACCUGCCUUGACAUGUGGGGAGUGGGUUGUAUCUUUGUAGAAAUGAUUCAAGGGGUCGCUGCUUUUCCAGGAAUGAAAGACAUUCAAGAUCAACUUGAAAGGAUAUUUCUGGUACUUGGAACACCAAACGAAGAUACGUGGCCUGGAGUCCACUCUUUACCCCAUUUCAAACCAGAACGGUUUACACAGUAUGGCCCUAAAAACCUUAGACAAGCAUGGAAUAAGCUGAGCUGUGUGAACCAUGCAGAAGAUCUAGCUUCCAAACUACUCCAGUGUUUCCCAAAGAACAGAUUGUCAGCACAGGCAGCUCUGAGCCACAAGUACUUCAGUGAUCUGCCCCCACGGCUAUGGGAGUUGACGGAUAUGUCUUCUAUUUUUACUGUACCGAAUGUAAGAUUACAGCCAGAGACUGGAGAAAGCAUGAGAGCCUUUGGAAAAAACAAUAGUUAUGGCAAAGGUGUAUCAAACAGCAAACAUUGAAGAAUACCUAUGUUCACAACUGAUAAUGCAGGAUUAAAUUUACCAGGUUGGAGGAGGGAAACAAAAACCUAAUGAGGAGGCCGACACCAGGAAGGAACCACGGCCUGUUUCCUUUCUGUCUCUAUGGUGGAUUUCAUUCAAAAGAAAAUUGAAGCUGGCAAGACCCUGUUUUUCCCUGCAAUUUAUUUAAAACCUUGCACGCAUUUGGAUACUUUGUGAUUUCAGAGAACUAUGUGAAGAUUAAGCUUUUGCUUACUGAUACAUGGCAUGUACUCUUUCAGUCUUUUGUGUUUGAUUUUGUUUGAUUUUCCACAGCAGCACUGCAUCUUUGUAAGGAUUUUUAUGCUUUCACCAGCAAUGUCUUAAAUACUUUCCGACAACACAUUUGGUGUUCACACUUCUUCAGUAACAACUGUACAAAAAGAGCCAACAGUGGCAAAAAAGACUGUGUGUUUUCUUUGAGGUUUGUGCAUAGUUUGCAACCAAUGGGAAGACUAUUUCUUCCCAGGGCAAGCCCAGCUUGUCCGAUCAGCUGACAAUUACAACACUUGCCACUCUUCCUCAAGUGUUGUUGGGUUACUUCUUUUCUCAUUAUCCCCUCAGACCAUUCAUAUCCAUUUAAAAACAUGGCAAUAAUUGCAUGUUUACUUAAGUACUCUAAAUUUGGUUACUCUGCUUAGGCUAUGUAGCAUGCCAGUUUUCAAAAUAGGCCUGUGAGAAAGACAAAGCAAAACUUAUGAGAUGUAUGCAGCUGACAGAUACACAGUGAGUUCCUUAUGGUUUUAUUCUCUUCAAGAAGAUCUCUUUCUUUUUUUAUGGGUCUUGGCUAACAUCUCUAUGUUUUUCCUCACACUAGUUACUUUUUGGAAUAUUUUCUUGAAAACAGAGAUGAUGAAACUGUUCUGUUUAAUUCAAGGCAGAUACUGAGGUACAGAAAAACUUCCUUUGAAUGAGCCAUUAAAUCUAGCUGUGUUACUUUGCCAUGUACAAAGCAAGGUGAAGAAUUCUCCUCAUCCCAGACUGUUUGCUGUUCCACACCAAAGCACCUUUUGAGUUAUUUUCCAUAGCUAUUCUGAGCUGAUUGGAAGCUCGUGAUCCUUAGUCUUUAGAUAGCUUUUCUGAAUGAAUCAUUCAAAUGCAAACUUUGCAAGAAACUAAGUUGUGUGUGUGAUUUUAGAAAAGGAAGCCCCCUGCUACAUUUUGGGUGGGGAGAGCAUUGUGUUCGGGGUGUGGAAAAACUGCCCUGUUUACAACUUUGCAUUCAGAGAGGGCAAGGUAUGGUGCAAAAAUCACUGUUGAGUUAUAGUCCUGCUUGGACAGAAGCACUUGCUAGGCAAUAUUAUUCUACACAUAAUUUUGACAUCCUUUGCUUGCUGGAUGCAUUGAAUUACAUUUUAAGGAAGUGUGGUAAUGGUUUGGUAGCUUUCAGUGUUUAAAAAGGAGGGGGAAAGGAUUUGUGCUACUGCUAUCUUAUUAAACUCCAGCAGUGUUUAAUAAGAAAAAGACACCAAAUAAGGCAAAUCCUUGAAUGCACAAGCAGCUACAAAAGGUCUCUUAAUGAACUAGGACAGGAGUCUACACUUUCAAAGAACUGAACCGUGGAAAUAUUCUCAAUAUUUGCACAGCCAUUAAAAGACAAUUUUCCCCACUGACAUCUCCGUUUCAGGAUCUGCGAAAAGCCAUCUGAAAGCCACUUUCAAUCACAAUCAUAUUUAGAACUUACUACAGUUCUUCCCCUGUGUUUAUAGGGGGAAAAGUGACCACUGAACUUUUGAAUUUAUCACACACUGAAACUGCCUUAGACGUGGUUUGUUUGGGUUUCAUGUUUCCUUUUUUUUGUAAGAGAAAAGUCUUUUAUACAUUAUCUUUGCUACUUAAAUUGUGUGCAGUUUGAUGAUUAAAAUUAGCUAUUUUUAGAAAAAAAAAACUUGCUGCAAAAUCUGAAGAAUUUUUGAAAACAUAACAAAGAUUUUGAUUAGGAAUAUAAGGGUAGUUUCAUAGAUGCUUCUACUUGACAGCUUAAAUUUGAAGGCAAGCAAUUCCACUGCUCAACUAACCAUCUGAAGGUUUAAUAUAGAGUAAUUCCCCAAUUGUUCCCACAAGCCUAGCACAUUACUAUCCAUAGUGACUCAUGUACAGUGUUUGCUUAAGGUAUGUGUGUGUGCAUAUGUGUGUGAACACACAUGUGCACGUGAGAUUAUCCUCUCUGCCCCAUUCCCACUUCUAAGCAACCACUGAAAUAAAGUUGAUCCAGAAGUCUUCAAACUCAAUUAACUGACAGAAUGAAAGUUCAUAAACAUCUAGGUUUCUAAAUAGCAACUUAAUCUUCAGCAGUAAUGAAGUUAUCUCACCUACUGAUCAUUAAGGAGUGACCAGGGUCUCUUACUCCUGCACUCACUUUCCGGGCACCCCGACUGCCUGUGGUGGCUUGGUUUUGCUGCUCUCCCAUGGAGGCUCUGGGCCCUGGGGAAGUUCUCCUGGCAUGAAGGCAACCUAGGCUCAGCAGGAUGGUGCUUUUCACAUGAGCACUGCAAAUUAUUCUUCUGUAACAUCAAAUCUGCUGGGAAAAAUCGAGGGUUUUUUUGAGAGAGUAGAAGCUCCUUUGCCCAGGGAACAGCUGACACUACUCUUCUACUCUUCCCUUAUUCUAAGAGUAGAAUAAGGGAACAGCCUUAUUCUACUCUUCUCCCUUCCAGCAGAGCCCUUACCUGCACAGUUAGCCUGACACCUAUCAGACAGCUGCCCACCCAGACAGCUGCCCACCUGUCCAGCGGUUUUCACCACAGCUCUUCUUAGUGUUGCAGAAUGGACUGUUUAAACCUUAUCAAUGCUCUUAAGACAGCUUCAGCAAAGAUCAGUAGUGUUACUCUCUUUUUCUCUCAUCCUUCUGAAAUCAGUUGCCCAAAGAAUCUUCAAAGACACAAGAAGUAGCUCAGCCUUCCAGAUGUGGGUGCCUGGAACAUGAUGUUUCACAUUGUCAAUGUUGUCACGUUGAAGUCAAAAGUUGGCUUCAGUGACCAAUAGUCUUUAGGGCACAGUCCUGGAGAAACUGUGGGAUUUGCUCAGAGGGAGUAGCCAGCAGCAGCUUAACUUGCAUUUUCCUACCACUUGGCUGAGAUCCAGUAGAUCUGUCCUGGUAAUACUUGAAAGGAUGAGGCUUUGCUGCAAGAUGGGAGAGCAGCAACAGGGCAGCAGGUAUAGCAGGCAGAUAAAAGUGGGAGGACAUGUUCUAACUCUCUAUGAGAUCUAAUAUUAAGUGACUGGGGAAGGGAAGAUGGUGAUAGAUAUGGUCUGCAUGAUAUAGAGAGUCCUUACAAGUUCAAGUUCACAGAACCUAAAUUUACAAGUCAACCAGCUGGAGAUUGCUCAGUCUUCUCUCAUGCUGGCUUCAGUUCAACUCGAAUCCACACCCAGCAGCCACCACCCCAGACAGGACACUCCAAUAGUUCUGACAUUACAUUACCGUAUGGGGCCCUACAUCAGUUGGGUCCUUUUAAUUCUUGCUCUUACUUUUAAUCAGAACCAUGGCUUAGGACAAGUCAUCAGUACAACAGUGAAAUCUGCAGUAGACAGAGGCACAGGGGAUUUUGCUUUCUCUUUGGUGCAUAGGGGUUCUGCACUUCAGACUCCUGGGAAGGGAAGGGAAGGGAAGGGAAGAUAAAUAAAUAUAUACCCUGUGGGUUGGUGGGUUAUGUACACCCCCCCUGUCAGUGCACACAACCAAAUGUGUAGUCAAUGCUCAAUAUAUGAAUAUACAAAAAGAUGAAUAUACAAAAUAUUCAUCUGUGAAUAUUACUGGGUUUGUAAUCUUUGUUAUAUAAAAGGUUUAGGCUGUACAGACUAAGGAGCAAAAUGCAGAUACCCCCUAUAAAACAGAAGUAGGUUGCGUUACUGAGCAUAACAAUACUCUCCCCUACCAGCAUUUAGGUGGAGUGACUGUACGUUACUGCCUUGCAUUUUUCACAUAAGCAAAAAAUCUAAAAGUAAAGGAUGCACUAAUAAUUCCCAUCCCCCAAAAUGCAUUUCCAUGGUGCUGCAUACAAAAUUCCUGCUUGCCAGCUUCCACGCGGAUUUUUGUAUGGUGCACUAAGAGGUAUUCUUUUUUUAACAAAUAAAAAAGGGGAGGGCUGGUACAUGAAAACAAUGUUAAUGUAAUCAAAUAUAUAUAUACUUCAGAAGAACAGCAUCGUAAACAGUACAGUAAAAUAAAUGUCGCAUUAUUUGUUACACCUUGUAAUUUGUCUGUAUUAUGAAAGAUGUAAUGGUUUGUCAGCUGUAACUGUUGUUUUCUUGUAACAUCAUAUUGAAUAAAGUGUAGCAGAAUCUCU